AUGUGGGGUUGUCCAUCCAUCUUUAAAACCCUCAGAAUGACAAACCUCAUUAAGAACCAUCGAGUACCAUGUGGGGUCAUCCAUCCAUCUUUAAAACCCUCAGAGUGGUACUUUCCCAAAUCGCUCUUGGAUAGUGUGUACUCUCCGAGGUGCUCUCUCCUGCCUUCUCCGUGUCUCCUGCCGCAGAGCGUUCCGUGGGGGUUGGAUCCAUGCCGAGCCGAUCCAUUCUCCAAAUCUGUUCUCAGCACAGCCAUGGUUUUACGGGAGAUCAAAGAAAUCAGCAGGAAAUUUGAGAAAAGAGAAUCCGUUGUGUUCUGGUGUCAGCUUCACCAGCGAUGGUUUCUGCUGCUGGUGUCUGUUGAAAGGGUGUGGUUCCAGUCCGGGAUAAACUUCCUGGCGGUGAAGCCGAGUAACCUGGUACCAUGGGAGAUCAAGCAGGAGAUGACACCAGGAAGCAGCUCUUUGGCCGUGAUCUGUCAGAGAAAAGCCUCGUCCACCGCAGAAAGAGAAAAGUCAAACCUGCAGAAGAAUGUUUAA